CUCUCUCUCUCUCUCUCUACACAUCCCUGUGAGAAAAAAAAAAAAAAAGGAAAAAGAAAAAUCUCCAUAGGAGAAGCGAUCGACAAGGGGAUCCCUCGCCCCCGAUUCAUGAGAGAAGAAGCGGCGGCGCCGGCGCGAAUUAGGUGUCGGAAUUGUAAGAGGCGGCGGCGAUGUCGGUGGCGUGCUCCGGAGGAGCGGACGUCGUCGGGUUGAAGGAUCGCGUCGCCGGGAUUGCGGCGGCGGCGGCGGCGGCGGCGGCGUACGCGAAAGCGGAGGAGGAGAAUGAGAAUGAGAAUGAGAAUGAGCAGAAGAGGAGAAAUGGGUUUUUCUUAGAAGAAGACGAUGAUGAUGGUGGUGGUGGUGGUGAAGAGGAGGAGGAGGAGGAGAAGAAGAGGGAGGAAGAUCCGUCGGAGAGCUCGACGUCGACGAUCGGAGUCGAAUCCUCGCCUUCUUCAUUGUCAUCAUCAUUAUCGGAGGAGGAAAAAGAUGGCGAUGAGGAGGUGCAAAGCAAGAAGAAGGGGGGAUUGGGAUCUUUGGAUUCCUUGGAAGAAUCACUUCCCAUCAAGAGGGGGUUGUCUAAUUUCUUCUCCGGAAAAUCGAAAUCGUUUGCGAGCCUCUCAGACGUAGCCACCGUCACCGCCGGGAGUGCGAAAGAUCUGGCGAAGCCAGAGAACCCCUUCAACAAACGAAGGCGAAUUCUCAUGGCCUGCGCCAGAAGAGCUUCCUACAGUUCACUCAUUAUAUCGUCACUACCCCCUCUCUUAUCUCCGGAGCACACCGUAGAGGAGGAGGCGGAGGAGGAGGCGGAGGAGGAAGAAGAGGAAGCAGAAGAGAAUGGUAAAAUACCCACAUUGACUAAUCCUCUCCUGCACCAACAUCACCAACAACAACAGCAUCUUCAAAAUCAUGAGAAAAAUGGAAGGAGGAAGAUGACCAGAUCCUUUAGAUCUCCUAGGUCUUUCUCUCUUUCUGAUCUACAACAUGCUUAGCUUCUCUCUCUCUCUCUCUCUCUCUCUCUCUAUAUAUAUAUAUAUAUAUAUAAUAUAUAACAAGUGUUCUUGUGUUCAUCACUUGUCCUUUUCAAAUAUAUAUAUAAAUUACUUUGUUAGUGAUAAAUAGACAAUGUGCAACCAAGCUAACCCAUCAAAAUGACCACCUAAGUUGUUGUAUAUAAGCACAAUUUUUUGGGACAUUGUUCCAAACCUUUGAAAAUGAUCUAUCUAUGUAUGGUUGGGAUGUAUCCAAUGCUCUAGUCAUAUAUUUGUGGGUGAGCUUGUUAUAAAAUGGGCAAGUGUGGGGAUAAGAUAAGGUGGGUAAUGUAAUGUGGGGAAAAAGAGGUGGAGAGGGACAAGGGGGUUGGAGUGGUGAUCUUAUCCAAUUGUACCAUGGCAUUAAAAUAUUGGCCACUCUAUAAUGUGGUUAUCUCCA